CUGCCGCAGGCCGCGGUAGGCCGGGGAGCCCGCGGAGCCGGCUCCGGACAGGGCGCAGCAGAGUCGCCAUAGCAGCGGGCGUCCGCGGAGGAUGGGCGGGCACGGAGAACACGGCGAUUCUGUCAGGCGAUGGAGCGUCGGAGGGGUCAAAAAACACUGAAAAACCGAUUCUGACCGCGUUGCCUACGGCCUUUCGAGGAGAAACAUCGCUGCACGGGCAGAAGACAUGUAGGCCAAGUAGGCGAAGGAAACGCACGCGAACUGUCUACCGUCUACGUCCACCGAUCCAAGACUCUCGCCAUUUCACCUCGCCCCAGAAAGUGUCUGCAAAGGACACGCAACCACGCUCACUCAGCGCCGGGCCCUAUUUCCUUCUCCACAGCCGGUUUUCCCCGAAGACUAUAAAAUGCGAACCUCUUCCGGCUGUGGAACAUGGCGGCGCCCAUGGUAAGGACCACAUUUGGGGGCGGGGCCUUGCGGUACUUCCGUCCAGGUCCAGCGGGUGCUGUGAUCUUCAAGUAUGGGGUCUGCUGGCUUAUCGCGGCUGCAUGGGCUUUUCGCGGUCUAUAAGCCCCCGGGGCUAAAAUGGAAGCACCUGCGGGAUACAGUGGAGCUACAACUGCUGAAGGGUCUCAAUGCCAGGAAGCCUCCCGCCCCUAAACAGCGUGUUCGCUUCUUGCUGGGCCCCAUGGAAGGCAGCGAAGAGAAGGAGCUGACCCUCACAGCCACCAGCGUACCCUCUCUCAUCAACCAUCCACUGGUAUGUGGACCAGCAUUCACCCAUCUCAAGGUUGGCGUGGGACAUCAGCUGGAUGCCCAGGCUUCUGGAGUACUUGUGCUCGGCGUGGGACAUGGAUGCAGGCUCCUCACCGAUAUGUACAAUGCUCAUCUUACCAAGGAUUACACAGUGCGUGGCCUCCUGGGCAAAGCUACAGAUGACUUCCGUGAGGAUGGGAGGCUGGUAGAGAAGACAACCUAUGACCACGUGACCAAAGAGAAGCUGGACCGCAUUCUGGCCAUGAUCCAAGGCUCCCAUCAGAAGGCCCUGGUGAUGUACUCCAACCUCGACCUGAAGACCCAGGAGGCCUAUGAGAUGGCUGUGAGAGGCCUGAUCCGGCCCAUGAACAAGUCCCCCAUGCUGAUAACCGGCAUCCAAUGCCUCUACUUUGCACCUCCGGAAUUCCUCUUAGAGGUGCAGUGCGUGCAUGAGACGCAGAAAGAGCUGCGAAAAUUGGUUCAUGAAAUCGGCCUGGAGCUAAAGACCACUGCUGUCUGCUCCCAAGUGCGGCGCACGCGCGACGGCUUCUUCACGCUAGACAGUGCCCUCCUGAGGACCCAGUGGGACCUAACCAAUAUCCAGGAUGCUAUCCGGGCUGCUGCCCCCCAGGUAGCUGCAGAGCUGGAGAAGAGCUUGAGCCCAGGGCUGGACACCAAGCAGCUCCCCAGUCCGGGAUGGUCCUGGGACUCCCAGGGCCGGAGCUUUACCUUGGGGCUGGAGAGGGGUGCGGGGCAGUGAGUGCCCAGGCAGCUGCUGGGGCAGUGGAUGGAUAAAUAGAAGAACUGCUAUGAGCUGGACCUGAUAGCUGUAUAGAAAGUGACAGUAGGAGGCUGGGCGUGGUGGCUCACGCUUGUAAUCCCAGCACUUUGGGAGGCCGAGGCGGGUGGAUCACGAGGUCAGGAGAUCGAGACCAUGGUGAAACCCCGUCUCUACUAAAAAUACAAAAAAUUAGCCGGGCGUGGUGGCGGGCGCCUGUAGUCCCAGCUACUCGGAGAGGCUGAGGCAGGAGAAUGGCGUGAACCUGGGAGGCGGAGCUUGCAGUGAGCCGAGAUUGGGCCACUGCACUCCAGCCUGGGCGACAGAGCGAGACUCCGCCUCAAAAAAAAAAAAAAAAAAAAAAAAGAAAGUGACAGUAGGGGCACCUUUUCUACGUGUGACACAAAACUCAAGCUGUAACAGAAAGAUCAAUGGACUUGACCCAACUGAAAAGGAAAAACUUCUGUAUGGAAGAAAAGACAGUAAACAAAUGACAGACUGAUAGAAAGUAUUGGCAAACCAGGCGUGGUGGCGGGCACUUGUAAUCCCAGCUAGUCCCAAGGCUGAGGCAGGAGAAUUGCUUGCACCCAGGAGUUUAAGGUUGUAGUGCGCUAGACGGCGCCUGUGAAUAGCCACUGCACUCUAGUCUGGGGAACAUAUAAGACCCCCCCAUCUCAAAAAAAAAAAAAUCCCCAAUAAACUAUGUGCCCAUGAAAAUUAAAAAUUAAAAAAAAUUAUAA